AUGACCAUCGACAACUCCACUUCCAGUAUUCCGAGCAAGCGUGGCUCCUCCUCAUCUGAUCCACUUGUCUCUCACAGACGCCACUUUGGUCGAACAGUAUUUGCGCUAUGCAACUACCCUUCCUUGCUCACCAACGGUAUCUUGAGACUGGAACAGAUGGAAGAUACUCCACUGGAGGAUUUUUCUGCUGACGGCGAGAACAUCGGAGUUUUAGCUUACAAUUUACAGAUUGGCAAGGGAGCUGCAGGGGCGAGAGGUGACGACACAAAAACAUUAAAGUCUGCAAUACUUGAUUGGAUUUCCCUGAGAGGAGAGGCGAUCCAGCCUCCUUUACACAGAAACUCAAAGGUUGACCGUGGAUUUAACCAUGAGCUUACAGGAUCCCUACUUUGUCCCGCUGGAUUAGACUGGAAUGACUCACAGACCAAAGAAAACCUCAGAAGUGGCGAACUGUUGGUCUGUGGAGACCAAUGGCCAGUUUUUUUGUAUUCCCACCAUACUUACAACCCCGAAGAUCCGUGGUGUGGUCUCCUUAGGAGCCGUUUACUUGUAUGUGCUUACAAGCACAUUUUCACAUCUCCAAGUUCGGUUGACAAGGAACCAAAAGCCACACGAUCCAGUAAUGCUCGCCUCCAUGGCAUGAAGUCUGUCACCAUUGCUUCCAUAGCUUAUAUUGCAACCCAGGUCCGAUUCGCUUUAAGUUCCUCCUCGGUGUUCUCAAGGACCGACACGACCACAGACUCGGAGACAUUCUACCAUAGCCUCCUUGACCUACUGGAAGAUCCUGACAAAUCUGAGGAAGUUGAGGAACUGCUGACAUGGUGGAAUCGCCAAGUAUUUCCUACUUCCUCUGCUGCCAAGCGACCUCUCAGCAUUAACAGCGCGUUGUCAAAUAUCCGACAGAAACGCCUUGCUGUGAAACAAUCUUCGAAUCCGAACAUAGCCUCUUUGUAG